AUGCAACGCAUCAUACCGUUCCUCGGAUUCCACCAUGUGCUCAUGAUCUUGAUCGCUGUGGCUGUCAUCCUACUAUCGUUGUUAUUGGCAGGCUGCUCCUCCACAUCGCCCCUCAUCCCCGGCAUCUUUCUCAUCUCGCUGUGGUACGAAAAGUACACACCCGCAUACUCAACCGAACAAGUCGAUCCUGGCGUCACACAAGCCAUCGCAAACAUUGUCGGUAACGCCCAGCUCGGUGUCCGCGUAGGAUACUUCGGCAUCUGCAUCAACCGCGAUGGUGGGGGCUACAUCUGCUCCAACAACGCCACUGCCCUCGUCGACAACCUGUCGGUAGACCAGGACCCGCUCAACCUUGUGUGGGUCGCAGCUACCUUCAAGGAUGCCGUCGUCUUUCCAUACCUCCUCAUCGUCGCCAUCAUUCUCGCCUUCUUCACCUUCGUCCUGCUUGCAACUUUCCCUGGGUGGCACGAGGAGAGAGAUGAGCGCACAGGCUCCGAUGUCGACGUCAAGCCCUUCCCGUCGAGACCCGUGUCGCAAGUGGCUCUGGCCCUCAUCUUCAUCUCAUCCAUCUUUGUUCUUGUUUCUGUGCUGUGGCAACAUACUGCGUCCGUCGCCGCAGCUACAAUAGCACAAGAUCUAGGAAACGGGAGCGUAAAGUCCGGUGUUGGCACAUCGGCCAUGGUACUCGGGUGGUUCGGCUUUGUCCUGCUUAUAAUAGUAACCAUAGGGUUACUCGUUAUGAUCAUAAGCAUAGUCGUUCUCGACCGCUUGACCGACGACUAA